UUUAUUUGAGAGUAAUUAAGUCUAAGACGAUUCGUAAAAUGAAAGUAUUCGUUUUUUUAAUAAUUUUAAUUGUUUCGAUAAUUCAGUCAUCAAAGAGUGAGUCUGAAGAAUGUGAAUGGGAAAUUUGUUGUUGUGAGUGGAUAACAGACUGCGAUGAUAAUGGAGAAAAUACUACAACUGUUUCACUUACGGACGAUGAGAAAAAGGAGGCAAUUCGUAAGAUUUCAUCCAGUAUUGGGGACUUGACCACAGAUCUACUACUGACUAGAAAAGAAAGAUCAAUGGCGGAAUUUAUCGCAUCGCCAUUAAGUGCAGCAAUGGUACUUAUGAUGGCAGCUUAUGGUGCGAGUGAUGAAAAUGCCAAGAGAAUGAAUUCCAUGUUACAUUUCGAUACUAAUGAUAAUACGUACAAAACAGGCAUAUAUUCUCUGAUUAAAAUGAUUGAUGCACUAAACCCAAGUGAACUUGAAUUGGCAAAUAAAAUAUACGCUGGAAAAAAUCAAGACAUCAAUCCAGAUUUUAAAAGCUUAGUAAGUGAAACGUUCGAAUUGUCAAUUGAAAAUGUUGAUUUUGGACUUUCUGAAAGUACAGCAAAGAAAAUAGAUAAGUGGCGUGCAGAAAAAAGUCGUCGGCGUAUUACAAAUGUUAUUAAGCCUGAUGAAAUUAGUGCCGAUACUGAAUUUUUAUUCACUAAUUCGUUACAUUUUUCGGCAUUAUGGAAAGAACCCUUUAGUGAAGCAAAUACUAAACUAAUGAAGUUUAAUGUCAGUGAUGGAAAUACCAUAGAAAAACCGAUUAUGUACAGAGACAAUCUGGUAGCUAAUAUUAUACACGAAGGAUAUAAAAUUUACGAAUUAGAGCUCCAGAAGAGGGAUUCAAAUGAUUAUAAAUACCAAGUCUUUAUAUAUAUUCCUUUCUAUAUUAAUCAUGAUAAGUUCAAUAAUUCAGUAGCUGUGCCUAAAUUCAGAAUUGAACGUACAAUCCAUUUGGAGGAUAUGCUUAAUCAAUUUGAAACUAACUUUUCUGGUAUUUCCAAACAAAGCUCUGGGCUAAGAAUGAACAAAGUAGUUCAAAAAUUGACAUUAGAAAUUAACGAAUUGGGUAUUGAAGCUGCAGUUUAUAGUGAAGCUUCUUUCACCAGCAAAACAGGAUAUAGUGCUCCACCAUUAAAACAAGAUAUUCCUUAUAAUGAAUACCAGAUCGUCAUUAUCAUUACUUAUGCUGACACUAUGCUUUUAUCUGCAUACUCUGCCGGACUUAAUUUUUUAACAGUUUAAAAAUUCUUUCAAAACUUUGACUCAUUCAGUUCCUUAUCAUCAUCUACUAGACAUUUUUAUGAAUAAAAAAAUUUACUAUAAUAAGUUUAUAUUCAGUAUGAAAGAAAAUUUCAAUUUAAAGAAUAAUUGGUGAAAAACUUGGCACUAAAAAAUAAGUUAUCCUAAGCAACUCAAAGAUUCUGCGAAAAUGACUAAUUCGCUGUAUUGAAAACGUUAUAUAUAAGCUAUAAAUUUGAAUUCACAAAAUAAUUAGAACAAAAAUACAUACUUCCAUUUAUGGAGAAAAUUAAUCACUAUUCGUUUAAUCGCUUCAUAAUUUACUGAAAAUAAUAAGAAUGAAUAAAGUUCAAUAAAACUUACUGCUCAUGAAAAGUGAUACAUGGGCAUCAAGAUGUACAUGUUUAUUUAAAUUUUCUCGAUAUUUGUAACGUGCUGUUGCUAUUUCGGAAUGUAAUGUCACAGAGGAAUGUGUUGAUGGUUUUUAACACCAGAAUAUUUUUCGACUCUGUCCAGUUAAUUAAAGAAAACUUUCUUGAGAUUUUAAUAGCAAUUUUAUACUUCAAUUAAAUAUUAUAAAUAUUCUAUCAAGACAAAUAGAAAAUACAGCUGUCAAAUUAUUAUUAACUGCCGACAUUUUUAAACAAAAGACACUGAUUACAUGUUACAAAGUACUACAUAGAACUCUGUUGGUUAACUCUAAGAAGUAGGAGGAGUUUUUUCAUGUCGUGUUUAAUUUAUAAAGCGCUUCAUUUACAGCAAAAGCCUUUUAUUGGCGAUAAUUUGCAAAUAUGUGAGUAUAGGCCGCGCAGGGGAGAUGAACGGAAUUAUUUUCUUGUUGUUCCAGGUUGCCACAGCACCAAAUAUGACAAAUCUUUUGUUGUAAGUGCGAUUAGAAUAUGGAAUCGAUUACCUUCAUACUGCACUUCACAACCGUCUUUUCCUACUUUCCGUAAAGCGUGUUUUGAGUUCUUGUUGAGUGAAGAGAAUGCGUGAUUUGGUCAAAAUCUCUAAUGAAAUUUUUUAUUUGAUGAUGGAGUGAUGUAUUGAUCUAUGUAUUAUGUACCAUAUGUAUAAUGUAUUAGUAAUAUCUGUAUUACACUACUUUUGUUAAUUAACAUUCAUUGUAAUGUAUUUUAG